UCUGCUCUGUAUUCUCACGCCUGAUACGCCGUCGUCCGCUCUUGACAUUUAUGAAAAGUGUUUACGAUGUUUCCCCAACGCUGACUAUUAAGUAACGUGCACGGAUGUAACCUCUUCUAUUGCUGUGAACGGUUUCUUAUUGUGAAAAUGCAUUAACGUGUGCGAUAUACCUCCGUUCAUUGGUCUUCAUCCACGAUCCCAACGUGUACAAUGAUGUCAUUUAAUUACCCUCACCCUGUUUCUAGGACCCAUCAGUACAAAAAGGUAACAAAACCACUUUUGGAAAGAAAAAGGCGUGCUCGAAUAAAUAAAUGUCUCGAUGAGUUAAAGAAUCUUAUGAUAGAUGCUUUAGAGACGGAAGGGGAAGACAUCAGCAAGCUGGAGAAAGCGGACAUUCUGGAACUGACGGUUCGUCAUUUACAAAGACUCCAGGGUUUGCAAUCUUCCGGAUUGUCGGGCGCGGCCACCAAGAAUGAUGAGAUUUCUGCCGAAAGUCGGUGGCUGUCUGGUUUUGGUCGCUGCGCAGCUGAAGCCUACAGAUUUCUCUCGGCACUUCCAGGUGAAGGUGCGGAAAGGUUAGCACGGUAUCUGGCAGCUGGUCUUCAAAAGGGCCGGCCAACGAGUUCACCGUUGAAAACCAAUACGCUUCCCCUUCUCACAGGAUCUUUCCUUGGAAAUGCUGCAAUUCAGGACACCAGGGUGACAUCUUCUAAUCAAAGCACAGUAACCAAUUGCGAAACCAGCAAUAACGUAGUCACGACUAAUAUUCUGGUUCAAUGUAACUCAGUGAUGAGUGUUAACAAUAGUGAGGAACUAACCUCAAAUUGUGUUGCUCAUGUGAAAGAUUUGAGAUAUGAACACGCAUCAGAUAAGGUCAAAGUAAAAUUCAAGGUCGAGGAUGAAGAAGAAAUUGACGUAGAACGCGUUGAUAAACAGGAUCAUAUGUGGCGUCCUUGGUAGUAUUUGUAGAAUAUAAGAAUUGUAACAAACAUAAUGAUCUUCGUAAUGUCAGUUGAGGGAUCCAGUGCAAGGGGGAGCUAUGUCGUAACAGUAGCGCUGUGAGAUAUAGUAGACGAUAUUCGUUUAUUACAUAUUUCGGGGCUGUAGAGAGUCAAAUUUCCAGGAAUGAUACAAUAAACGAAGGCCAAUCACACACGCGCUUUUCCCGUCCGUUCACUUGUUCGACAUAGCUAAAUAUAGGGUGUUACUAUCUCCGUUAUUUUUAUAAAUAUUAAAAAGUUUAU